GCGAGCUAACAGCAAAACAAGGCACCCGUCACGCGAGCGUGGAGCUUUCGCCAAACACAAACUCAGUAACCCGGGCUAAAAUGGCCUCAUUAGGAGAACCUGUACGUCUGGAAAGAGACAUAUCUCGUGCCAUUGAACUGCUGGACAAGCUCCAGAGAACAGGGGAAGUGCCUCCGCAGAAGCUGCAGGCACUGCAGAGGGUUUUACAGAGUGAGUUCUGCAAUGCUGUACGGGAGGUGUACGAGCAUGUGUAUGAGACGGUGGACAUAAAUAGCAGCCCAGAGGUGAGGGCCAAUGCAACAGCAAAGGCUACAGUGGCUGCAUUUGCAGCUAGUGAGGGUCACUCACACCCCCGUGUGGUGGAACUCCCAAAAACUGAGGAAGGACUGGGCUUCAACAUCAUGGGUGGGAAGGAACAAAACUCGCCCAUCUACAUCUCCCGUAUCAUUCCCGGAGGCAUCGCUGAUCGGCAUGGUGGCCUGAAGAGAGGAGACCAGCUGCUGUCUGUGAAUGGAGUAAGUGUAGAAGGAGAGCACCAUGAGAAGGCUGUGGAGCUGUUGAAGGCUGCUCAGGGUACAGUGAAGCUGGUGGUACGACACACCCCUAAGGUUCUGGAAGAGAUGGAGUCGCGCUUUGAGAAGUUGAGGUCUGCUAAACGCCGGCAACAGAACAACUACCCCCAGUAGGGCAUCUCGCUUGUGCCCCCACCCCCAUCAUUCCUCUCUUUCUCAUUGUCUAUAAUUCUACCAUCUGUCUUCCUCAUUCACAUUUGUUCACCCCUUUCUCCAGCCAGGGAUUAGCCACAUGUUUGGCACUCCUUUUUGUGAAAUUUUUUAAAUCCUCACCUCCCAAGUUUUUAACAGUCUUUUCGCACACUUCUUUCUCAUAGCAUGAACACUACGUGGGCUCUUGAUUUUGUCACUUAGACAUCACAUAUGUGCACUAUUGGUGCAUUAUUAAGAAUGUACUGUAAUUUGGGAUGUUGAUUAGUUAGAUAUGCAAGUGGACCAUUGCAAUGUUCAACUCCUGAGGUGAUUCGAAUGAAAAUGUAAAAAAAAAAAGAAAACAAAAGUGCCUAGAGAUUAAAAAAACAAAACAAAAAAAAAAGUGUCUGCAGCCCUUAAAAUGCUCUCAUCAUAUGCUGUGUUUUAUGGUGCAAGCACAUAAUGAAUGAAUGAAUACUACCACCUUGUUUAACAAACUGCUAAAUAAGUGUACACAUUUCUGUAAAGAAUCACCAUCAUCUCAAAGGGAAAAAAAACAAAUUGUGUAGGGUUUUUUUUUUUUAAAUCAUUUUUUUUUAUUUUAUAAUUUUUAUUUUUUCCCUGCUUGCUUUCCUUAGUGUUUGCCCAUGGAAAAAGGAAAAGAUCACCAGAAAUAUUCCAAAAUCUCACUUUAAGUCUCGUGAAAGAUAAUUGGCGGAGUUGUAACACACAAGCAUUUCCAUCCGAACUGCUGUUUUCUUCCAACACAAAAUGUCAGCUGUAAAUAUUCCAUAUUCUCUAGUACAAAAGAGUCUUUUUUGAAAAGACACUUAAAUGCCAGAUAUUUUCACUUACUGAACCAAAUUGAUUGAUUCUCAGAUCACGUUUGUAAUGCGUGUUGAUACUACCACCUUUCACUCUGUCAUGAAUGCACGGAAAGUGAUACAUGCUGUUAAUGUCUACAGUAAUUGACAAAUCAGAUUUAUCAAGUAAAAUAAAUUAUCUUUCAUCAAACAAGAAUUGACCAAAAUUAUGUUAAUUUGUGACUAAUUUAGAGUUGUUUGGCUCUGAUUGACAUUUAAACAUAUUUCUUUUGAUUAAAUAUUAGUGAAUGGAUUCUUUACAAAGGGCACUGAGCAGUCCAGCCAAACAGCUGUUCAGGGGAGUUGCUAGAUACUGAAUAUAAAUAGAUUGUUUAAAGUAAGAUUUUCAUAGCAUACUGCCCCUAUUAAAGCACAUAGAGAAACAAUGUCAUUCCGGUUUGUUUUGUUUUUAGAAUUUAAGAUGUUAACAUAAAACCUUGCAGCAGCAACACUGUUUAUGAGUUUAGCUAGUUCUAGUUAUUUUAUUGUUCAUUUGUCUGUUGUUUCAUUACACUUUCUGAAUGUUAAUAUGGCACUUGCCUUUCUGUCAGCUAUGGGUUCAUAUUGUAUACCCAGUUCAUGCUGAUAAUUACAAAAACCUGCAACAUGUUUCAGUUAAAUGGUUAUCAUAUACAUGCGUCGUAAUAUAGCAACUGACCAUAAUCCUAGGGAAACUGCAACGAAUGAAUAAUGUAAAAAAAUAUCAGCAUUACUACCAAUAUGUUGAUUGAGUCAUCCAUCCCAACCCACAUGUUGUUUUUAUGAAACUUUUCUAAACUAAGUAAAAAUGUUAAUCACUUGGUGCUGUAAUUAUUUUCUUUAAUUUAUUUGUUUCUGAAGCUAAAACAGAUCCCUUGAUGCAAAAUGACCUGCCAUCUAAGGUUUUUAUUUAAAAGAAAGAAAAAAUCCUGAUCAGUCCUUUCUUUGAAAAGUCAGUAAUUAAUUUACCCAUAUACAGAUUGUCUAGUGUUUAUGGGGACAUUAGAAUUUUUUUUAUUUAGAGAUGCAGAUCUAGAGAUUUCUAUCUGUUAGUUUUUUCAGGACUUACACCCAGAUACCUCAGUUGCUAACAAUGCAAAUCCUAUUACAUUGGUUACAUAAGAUUCAGCUCUUCUUGUUAAUGUCAUAACAAAAUUUUAAGGAUUUAAUUGUCGUGUGUUUUUUCUGUUAAAUACUGACUUAUCAAGAUAGGAUAAAAAAGGUCUUUAAAAAGUAGUUUCACACUGUACUUUCUCUUUGUACUCAUUUUCACAUGUUUAAAAAUGCAACACACUUGAUGUAUUUUUAACCUCAAACGUAGGUAUUUUCAGUGUGGGUCUGACAAGCUUGGAAAAAAACAGUCUAUUUUUCCUCUGUCUCAUAAAAUAUUUAACAUGUCUAAUUAUAGAGGCCUAUGACUCACCCCAAGCUGAGAUACCUAGGUGUUUUGGGGUGAGAAAUAAAAGUGUGGUCUGAUGUCUUACAUAAAGGAAUCAUUUUUGUGAAUGACAAAAAAGCAUAAAGAAUCAACUUUCUGUGGUGUAUAAGGUGCUCAGGUUGGAUGUUUCUACAAUAUCAUGAUUUUAAAGCCUCAUAUAUCACAAGAGCAAUAAUACAUAGUCCUUCUAUUACCAUCUCAAACAGUUAACUCACUCCCCAUUAAUAUUUAGUAUUGUACACAGGGGGGCUAAUUAACUAUUUUUGUAUACUAGUUUUCUUUUGAUAUUUUUAAAUUUUUUGAUAAGUAAUUUUUCUGUCGAGAUUUUGUUUCAGGAAUGCUUUGUAUUGGUUUAUCUAGACCACAUUUUCCCUGUGUUUCAAGUACAAAGACCAAGCUUGCAACAUUUUGUGGGAGCUAUUUCAAUGCUUGGUCCGCUAGUUUGAGCUGUUUUUAAGAACCUGUUGUACUAUUGUAUUAUUUGACACUUCUAUCCUUUCUGUAUUGUGUUACAUUAAUCUAGAUGUGUAUAAAGAUUGAUCAAAAAGUGAUUUGUUUUGCGGAUACUGUUUAGUUAUACUGUGUCUUUAGUGUGUUUGAGUUAUUGCCAUUUUUUACCUUUGAAUCUCUCUUUUGUGAGAGAGAGACAGAACACAGAAGAUUACAAAGUAAUAGUAAUAUGAAUAGCAUUCACAGGCAACUUGACAAAUUGCAUCCUUUGCCCAGACUAUUGAGCGGUUUACCUUGACACUAGAGGGCACUGCAGGACAACAGAAUUCUAGUUGGUUGCUGGUCUCAGUUCUGUUUCAACUGUAAUACUUAGAAUGAACAGAACAGCAUGUUUUAGUAUAUUAAUAUAAUCUUAGACAAGUCGUUGCUCAAGUCCUUAAAUAUAC